AUGACUGAGGUCGGACCCGCCGACCGCCUGAAGCUGCUGCGAUCAAAGCGGGCGGAAUCGAGCUCAAUUGUGCUGUCGCGAAAACGGAAGCUUCGUGAAGUCUUCGCUGUUGCGACCGACCAAGAUGGCAUUCCGAACCUCGACUUCAGCAACCCCGACGCGCCGCCAAUCACAACAGCUGAGGAAAAAUUCUUGUUUGAUUGCGACAUAUUGCAGGGACGGCGAUUGAACGAACUGAACAUACCAGCGCGCCGAAAGCCUCGCUUCUAUGCACUUCAACACCCGCAUUUGAUUUCAGAUGGCUCACCAGUCGAGAACGCCCCUCAUUCCGCGCCGAAAGAAGCUCUGGAGAACGGGCUGCUAACGCCAUCGCACGGCACCUUUGUGGACGACCACCCGAGAGCUGGCCCAGAAGCCUCAGAGCACCCCCCAGCACCACAUGUUGCCUCCGGAAAGACACCACCGAGACUCGAGACACCCAAAGCAGUAGCAAUACCGGAAAGGACCCCGAUCGCUCGCGAUGGCGCAGAUGCGGAGGCGCCAACGAAGGAUACGCGAGGCGUGUUCCCUCCGACGGCGCCCUUGCCCCAGGUUAAAGGUGGCAAAGUUGGUAGUAGCGCCAGCGAUCCCGGUCAAAGUCGUUUGCUGCUGGCUUCUGGGGGAUCUUCAGCGCUCCCAGAAGCGUCUGAUGUUUCUUGGAAGGCGUCGAACGCCGACGGAGAGGCACUCCCGCCUGGCCAGGCAUCGGUAUCCAUGGACAUUGACGAGGCGCCGGCGCAGCUGAAAGAUGCUAAUCCUGUGCUCGACAUUCAAGUAUCGCACGCUGAUCCCUCGCGAUGCCUGGAUGCAGCCUCGUCUCCCGGCUCCACUGCCCAAUCGACACUAACUCCGGCCGUCCAUGAAGCUUCUGCUGACACAAGUCCGGACAACGAGGGCCCGCAGUACACGGAAACAAGCGAGGAAAUCGCGGAAGGGAAGUCUCAAGGAAACCAUGGGGAGACUGAAGAAGCUAGCAGCAGUGCCAACGAAGUAGAGAUAGCUAGAGGGCAUGCGAUAUCAGACGCCCCCCUUUUAGGAGUCGCAAACGGAGUGGAAGCGCAGCUACUUCAAGAAUCCGCCGCGGCUCAAUUUUCUAGCCUGGUUGAAGCAGAGGCUGAUUCGCUUCCCUCUCAAUCCGGCGCCGCUCUCAAGACCUCUGGCACGACGGAGAACAGGGUCUCUGCCGUCGAGGCGUCGACCACCAAGGCUCCAGAAAAUGCCGGUGCGGUGUCGGUAGACGGGAGCUCAUCUCUAGAUGUUCCACUAGAACAGGGCGUUCCGAGCAGCAUUCCAGUUCAAACCCUGCCGCCCACUGUACCGAUGGAUCUCGACGAGCUGGAGCCCCCUGCGUUAUCUAAGGUUGCUUCGAGCGCACACGAACCCCCUUUGGUUUCGACCCAUGAUCGUGAGCCCGCUGGAGAACCGAAAGCAGCACCGGCCAACGCUUCCGAGUCUAACAACAAACCAACAACAGGCGUGUCCCCCAAGAAGGUUCGGCCAACUAUUGAUGUUUCCCAAUCUUUGGGCAAACCUUCGCAUCUACCUUCAGAGCAUCCAGAAGAAGUUAGAGAGCAUGAUGCAGAAUCCUCAGCUCAAGCACUAUCAGGCCCACAACUCAAGCUCUUUGGCAAUAAAAUCCGCGACAGACGAAGGAGAAGCGUCCCGACGGUAAUCUUUGGCAAGCAACCGAACAAGAAGACAUCUGCGGACGAUGGUUCUUUGGCGGUCAGUCGACAGAAACCCGGUUCCAUGCCAUCUGAAGAUUAUUUCACACCUCUUUUCGUGGAGGGAUACGCGAGAAACUCGGUCUGGAUGAAGCCUAUCGAGAAGCUCGUGCAUUCAGCCCACAAGACAUUAUCCACGCCUGACCAGUAUAUUUCAUUAUUGGACAACCAGGCGUGCCGGAUCCUCCGGCGGGUAUACCAUCUCCAACAGCACGACAAGUGGUCUUUGAGGCAGCCGGUACGAUGCCCGGAACCCAUGAGGCCUGCAUCUCAUUGGGAUGUGAUGAUUCAGGAAAUGAAAUGGAUGCGGACCGAUUUCCGAGAGGAGCGGAAAUGGAAGCGGGCUGUUGCUCGGAAUUUUGCAAAUGCUUGCGCGGAAUGGGUCAAUUCCGGACCCGCCGAACGGCUUGCUCUCCAGGUGAAUGCUGUUUCUCCUCCGGUCAUGGCGGAGGGCGAAGUGAGCAUGCUGGAAAUUCCUAAUGUCCCGGAAGAGCCUCUACCCGAGCUGGCCCAUUCCGACUCUCCGACGGUGAAUGACGAAGAGCCUUUGGAGGUGCCUUUCGGGACUGUGGCGCCUUCGAUUAUUUUUGCUCUGCAAAACGAUGAAGUGGUAUUUGGUCUCCAGCGUUCCAAAACGGCGGAUCUUCUGUUGGGGAACCUUCCCAUGUACGGGUCGCCCCUCCAAGCCCCCAGAUUCGACCUUACCGGGCCUGAAUAUGAUCCGGAUGCCAGCUGGAAGCGUCCAGCUUUGCCGCUAAGCAAGUGUGUCGAAGGCCAGAUGAUUCUGGCAAACGAGGGCCCGCCGCGGAAACGAGGCCGAUUCCAAUAUUCUGGUGAAGAUGAAGGCGAUGAUGGCGACGAGGUUAUGUUUGGCAACCAGCCGGAUAGUAUUGUAUCGAUGCAACCAGGAAGCACUGUGGUCGCGCUUUUUAGGCCGGACAUGAAGUCAACCCGAGAUCGACUCCAUGCCGGGCACCAGUUCCGCCCACCUACGGAGCAUCCCAUGCCCCCUCAAAGCUUCUUUGAACACCGAACUGCUUCGCAAUGGACGUGGACUGAGGACGACCAACUGAAGUCUUUGGUGCGCGAGUACUCGUACAACUGGUCUCUGGUUUCGGCAAUGAUAACAACUAGGUCUGUAUUUGCUUCUGGUGCCGAGCGACGGACUCCUUGGGAAUGCUUUGAGCGGUGGGUCAACCUCGAGGGCUUGCCAAACGAUAUGGCAAAAACACCCUACUUCAAGACAUACCAAAACAGAAUUGAUGCCGCCCAACGCACCAUUCUGCAACAAAACCAAAAUGCGCAGCAGCAAGUCGGUCCGAACGGGGCUGUCACACCAGUUCCGAGAAGAAGACCAACCACUACUAUCCGCGUGGAGCGACGCCGCAACCAGAAGCACCUUGCAUUGAUUGACGCGAUGAGGAAGCUCGCGAAGAAGCGGGAAGCGAAUGUACAGAAAGCGCAAAACGUGGCCAAUCUGGCCGCCGUACGGAAGGCUAACGAGGUUCCCCGACAACCGGUCCAGAAAAAGACCGCUACAGAUUACAGUCUGAUGAGGUGGGAGAGAGACCAGCAACUUGCGGAGAAGAUGGCCCAGUAUGCCGCCCGACAUCAGGAGGUACUUCAAAAGAAGCUCCUCCAGCAACAGCAGCAACAACAGCAGCAGCAAAGGCAAAACCUUCCUGGACAGGCCGCUGCGACGCCGGGUGUGGUUCAGGGCCCAACGGCGGCUGCCGCUCAGAUUGCUGCCGCAACUGCUCUCAACGGAACUCCCCGAGUCAAUAUCCAGGCUCCGCUUGCUGUUCCCAUUCAAAACCGUCCCCAGGGACGUCAAAUCCAGGCUCCAGCAGGGGCCAUGCCUGCCGUUCAAGGCCAGCUUUCCAAUGGCCUUGUACCUCCUCUGCCGCUUGCUGGGCUCCCACAGGCCCAGGCACAGGCCCAGGCACAGGCACAGGCACAGGCACAGGCCCAGCUCCAAGCGAUACAGGCGCAACAUAGAUUGCCCAUAUCCAACGCGGGACCAGAUUUAAAUCUUGUCCUACAGGCCCGGAGAAUACAAGAGGCCCAACGGGCUGCCGUGCUUCAGCAGCAGCAGCAGCAGCAACAACAACAACAUCAACUACAGCAGCUCCCUCACCAACAACAACAGCAUCAGCAGCAGCACCAUCAACAGCAACAGCAACAUCAACAACUACUCGCUCAGCAACACCAGCAACUUCAGCACCAGCAACUCCAGCAGCAGCUCCAGCAGCAGCUCCCACAUCAGCAGCAGCAGCUUCAGCUCCAGCAGGGUGGGCAGCAAUCACAGGGAAUGCAGCAGGGUAAUGGGCCGCAAGGGUCGCCAACACCAAUGCGGAAUGUGGUAAACGGGCUCAACCAAGGAUCAUUCAUGACCAACGCGCAAGUAAUGAUGGCUUCUUACAAUGCAUCCAACAGCGUGGGAAUGGCAACGUCUCCUGGGUCCAACCUGAGUAUGGCUCCGAAUGGGUCCCCCCGCCCGGUCAUACCGCCCCAACAACUACCAGCUGUUGCCGCACGCCUGAAAGAUUUUGAGAACCACUAUCGGCUUAAGAACCCUAACAUGUCUCAGGACUCGAUUCGUCAAAUGGCCACUGAACACCUUAGUAGGUUGAUUGUGCAGAGCCAGCAGGCGAUGACGGCUGCAGCUGGAGGUAUCGCGCAACAACCCUUAAACGGCAUGACUCCAACGACAAGUCCGCACCAAUAUGCCCAGAUGCUGCGGGCCCAGCAGCAACAGCAGGCGGCCCAAGUAGCACAGCAGCAGCAAGCUCAACAACAGCAGCAAGCUCAGCAGCAGCAGCAGCAGCAGCAAGCGGCUCAAGUAGUGCAACAGCAUCAACAACAACAGCAGCACCAAAGGCAAGCUAGUGGGAGCGCGACGCCAGUGCCGGGCAAUUAG